AUGCACGAUAGUUUCCCCCCUCCACCGUAUACGGCUAGAAACUUUGACCGCCACGCAUCUCAGCUCAGGACUCCAUCCUACAGACGCUCCCAUAUGCUCCGCUUUCACCCAUACCGUAGGUACGGUCCCCCGCUCGUCGUUGACCACCCUCUACCACGCCAAGAACCCAGCCUCACCAUCAUGGCGGCAGCCGCUAUGGCAAACGAGGCGCAAGAGAAAAAGUCUGAAGGUGGUGGAAGUUGGAAAGAGGUGGUAGCUACUCUUAUCAUUUUUGCCAUUCUCUCGCGCAUUUUGGAACGCGUGAACUUCCUCUGA